AUGUAUCUAAUUUUCAUGUAUCAUUUUUUAAAAUCUUUUUUCAGGUAUAGUUUAAAGCCACAUGCAUCAUCAAAAGAGCACGAUAGUACCAAAAAUGGAGGUGUGCCAAAAUUAGGUGAAAUCUAUCUACAAUUAUUCUAUACAGCCGAUCAUAUACUACCACUAAAAAUUUAUCAGUCUCUGUAUAAGAAUCUCAUCAGCUCACUCAGUUUACAACCGUUUUGCUCAUCGCUUGUUGGAAUUCUGGAAUAUCUUCCUUCUAUUGAUCUUACUAGUGUUGCUAGGCCACUUAUGAAAGUUUUUAUUUCUGCUGAAGAAUUCUCUUCGUUGUUACGAAUCUUUGGUUCUCAAGACAUUCAAAAUUGCAGUGAUGUUAAUACGUUGUUCCGAAGUCAGUCAAUGACCAGUAAAAUUAUCUACGAGGAAAUGAAAUUUCUGGGGCAAAAUUACCUGUCGAUCUCACUGAAGCCGGUUAUUGACAUGAUAUACAGUCAAAAGAAGUGUUGUGAAGUUGAUCCAACAAAGCUAAGGUCUGGUGAUAAACUUGAGGACAACAAGUUUAAUCUCAUCUUUUAUGGAGAAAUGGCGUUUUCUGGAAUGGUUGAGUCGUAUCAGAAGUGUCCAGCAUUAUUACGGCGAACGUUUGCAGAUCUUCGGGAAUUAGUAGCACAACAGUACCCAGAUCGAACAGAUUUACAACGUUUGGCUGUCAGCUCUUUCAUUGUGCUACGAUUCUUUGCUGCUGCUGUGAUGAAUCCAAAACUGUUUGGGUUAAAAGGGGAACAGCCGGAUGCGGUAACCAGCAGAACACUGGUGCUUGUCUCAAAAAUUCUUCAACGGGCUUCUAACAGCGCUGUAUCGGAGAGGGCUUUAAAUUCCAAGGAACCUUGGUUAUCUUCAGUUCUGGAAAGAAAAGAGAGGAGAAAGGAAAGCAAGAAUGAAAUAUCUGAAGUACAUAUUUUAGAUGACGAAAAAAGGAAAGGCGAAAUUGAUCUUCACGAAAUAACGCGCAUUGAACCAGUUCGAAAUGUUAAAAAUGUUUUUCGUAUUGCAACAUCCAACUAUGAGCUGUUAUUACAAGCUAAAAAUAGCAAUGAGAUGAAUGAGUGGCUUGUUCAGUUGCAACUACAAACUCAAGGUCGAGUGAAGAAAGAACGUGAAGAACGAAGCGAUAACGAUCAAAGCAGUGAUACCGGUUCAUCAUGCUUGUUAGAUUCACUAGAUGACUUUAGUUUAUAUGACAUUGAUACUGAACGAGAAUUGGAAACUUUACAUCUGACGUUAUAUGAGCAUGCUGAAACGCUAAAAAUAUGGAAGAAUAUCCUUGAAGAUAUUGAGGUUCCAUCAGAGCAUCCUUCUUUGCCGGACAUUGUUUUAGAACAGGUAAAAUUAAUAUUAAAAGGUGCAUGUGACCCGGCCGUAGCAAAAGAGCAAUUUUUGUCAAUGAUACAAGAAGUUUUGCUAGGAAUCAUUCGCAUUGAAAGCGCGCAUCGUGAAGCCGUUGAUAGAUUUAUUAAACAGAUGCGUGGCAGUAAAGGAUCUCAAGAUUUAUUUACCGGUGACGAUAACUACUUACUUCUUCAGUCUCGGUUUCAAGGCAACAUUGAAUGA